UUUGUAGUUGAUGGUUUGGGCAGGUGGUUGUGUGUUUGUUUGUGAUAAGUUCUUUUUUUUUUUUCGAACAGUAGUGUUGUGGUUAAAGUGAUUGCUCUGUAUAACGGCGGCCUGCAGUAUUAAUGUUUUGACUGACCCAUUACUCAGCGGUCAAUGUCAUUGAGCGUUUGAAAACAAUAGAAAAAUGAAUAAAGCUAUGUGUUCAGCAGAAGUCAAAUGGCAAUUUGUAUCGUAGUCGUGUGAUGACAGUAUAUAAAUAUUUUUUGUGCGAAAUUUCGUGAAAUAUAAAAGCAGAAUGGAUGCGAAUUUGAGCAAAUUGAAUCACUUGCGCAUCAGUGACAAUACGAUUAGCGCCCCUCAAGAAAUUGACAGAAGCACUCAUAGGGUUGUGGCAUCUGAGUCUGGUUAUGGACGUAUUGUGCCAAAGUCGGUCGACAGUCAAGGGAAGUCCCUGUCUAGUUCGGCAAUGUGUGGUGUUGGUGUUUCUGGAACGCCUGCCGGCUAUGAAGUGAUGACAUCGGGAUCAAGAUCUCUUCCUUCUAGUUCUGUGGCGUCGCCAAUCAAGAGUGCUGGACGUCACCAUGAUGCUGGUAAACAACGUUCUGUCGGUGCCAUAGAAAGUUUUGUUGUUGAAGGCUCUGGGAAUACAAAUGUUAAGGCACAGCCAACAGACUAUAAAAUAUAUGAAAGAGGCAACAUCAUUGCAGCAUCAAAAUUUGCAACUCCAAAACAGGUUGAGACAAUAGCCUCACUCUCAGGUACCAAGACAGAAAAUUCGGCUCCCAUGCGAACUCCCCAGAUUACUGAUAAUACUCCAUCUGAUUCUUGCAAGUAUUAUACAACUAAUAAAUUGACUAAUAGCCCAACCCAUAGUCAUAGUGGUUCUAGUAAGGAUUCACAACAGUCAAACAGCCCUCGCAGUAGCAUGGUAUGCCCUGGACAAGGAUUUGCUAAUGUGUCCACACCUUUGUAUGAAAAUUUGGAAUACUACACUUCUGGCCGGAAUGUGCCAGCAGGACCUUAUUACCAUCAGAUGUCUCCACACGUAGGAAGUUCUCAUUCCAGUUUUGGCUCUCAGGACUCGAAGCAUUCCAGCCCAAGGGCUAGUAUAGCGGAAGGUGUUUUACAGUAUGAAUCAAAUUACCGAAAAGCCCAACCCCAGGUUCCAACUGGUGGUAGGUAUGCAUCUCUUUCUGGGGUGUCAAAUAAGGAGUAUCCUCCCUAUGAAGCACCCCCAGUUUAUGAGAAUAUCCAAGACCUCGGUCUGUCAAACGCACCCUCAUUAAGUAAAUCUGCUUUAAAUUAUGAACCAGCAAAGCCGGGGCCUCAAGUGGCAGUUUCUGCAGAUCAGAGAUUGCAUGGAAACCCUUCAACAAAACAUUCCUUGAACUUUGUUCCUCCUAUGACAGUUGCAAGGCCAGGAGCAACUAGUCCAGCAACAUCACAACCCGUUUCACCUAGAACGAACAAUCUCCCUCCACCACCACCAUACCCUGGUAGUGCAGCAUCCAAUGUGGGUGGUGCCAUGACCUUAAAUUCUCCAGCAGGUCAAUCGCAACCAUCAGGUAAUGCCAAUGUUCCACCUUAUUCCAGCAAUUCAUCAGAGGGUUCUCAUAACAAUCGUGCCAAUAUUCCUUCUCGAAACUAUGGAAGUAAUGCUGCUAAUGCUCCACUAUCUUCAGGCGAAGCAAUUCGUACUAUGUCACCAAACACAACAUAUGUCCCUGCAACAUCAAACAUUCCAUUAGGUGUUCCAUCAGCAUUGAAAUCUAAUUUGAAAAAUCAUACUGGAAAUUCUUAUUCUGCAACUAGCAAACCAAAUGUAAAUGGUAACGGUGAUUAUGUUGUAAUGACUGGGAACAGUGGUCAGGUGGCACCGGUACAGCUUGCAACUAGUUAUCAGAGGGGCACGUCAUCUGGUGUUGCGAAUGCAGUGUAUGUCAGUAUGGGACCCUCACCACCAGCUGAAGUUCAGUCUUCAGGCCCACAGAAGCAGCAGAGUAAUUCACCAGCAACAAAUAAAACAAAACCGCUGAUGGGAAAGACACUUUUGCCUUACAGUGUCACACCACCACGACCAAUGGGUCCAACAGAAGCUGAGAAGAAAAUUGAAGAGUUGACACGCCAGUUAGAGGAAGAGAUGGAGAAACAAGAAGAAGAAGGGGAGUAUUUUGGUAUAUGUCACACAUGUGGUGAAAAAGUAACUGGAGCAGGCCAAGCAUGCCAAGCCAUGGGUAACCUUUACCACACAAACUGUUUCAUUUGUUGCUCAUGUGGUCGUGCUCUUCGAGGGAAAGCAUUCUACAAUGUUCACGGACGUGUUUAUUGUGAAGAAGAUUACUUGUACUCGGGCUUCCAACAGACAGCUGAAAAAUGUGCUAUCUGUGGUCAUUUAAUAAUGGAGAUGAUCCUGCAGGCUAUGGGAAAAUCAUAUCAUCCUGGCUGCUUCAGAUGCUGCAUCUGCAAUGAGUGUUUGGAUGGUGUUCCAUUUACAGUGGAUGUUGAUAACAAGAUAUAUUGUGUUAAUGACUACCACAGGAUGUUUGCUCCCAAGUGUGCGGCAUGUGGGAAAGGAAUAACACCUGUUGAGGGUACAGAAGAGACAGUAAGGGUUGUGUCUAUGGAUAAGGAUUUCCAUGUUGAUUGUUACAUAUGCGAGGAUUGUGGUAUGCAGCUUACAGAUGAGCCAGAUAAACGUUGUUACCCACUGGAUGGUCACUUGAUGUGCAAGUCGUGUCAUAUUCAGCGCUUAAGUCACCAACCGAGGCAACUUCAGGGAGUUCCAGCAAGUUAUCAGUAUCUGGGUUAAAGUACACACUGUGUACCCAUUUUAUGGAAUGUUGAUUUUACAUCCAAUUUCCUUCAGUCUGAUGCAGAAGAAAAGCACAGCUGCCCAGAUAUUUCAUUGUACGAUAGCUACGUGGCUUAAGUAUAAGUGUUACACUUUUUGUGAAAAUAUUCUGUUAAAAUAUUUUUAGUGUAAAACUUGGACAGAACCUGAGUCUAGAGUGCUCUAAAAAUGAAUUUUGUACCACUUUUUUUAAAAUUAUGUAACUUGUGCAUGCAUGUGUGUGCGUGUGUGUGUGUGUGUGUGUGUGUGUGUCUCCUAGUGUCAGAAAUUGUAUUGCACAAGGGGGGAUUAGUGAAGUUCCUCCAGUAAGUCAUACCAUUGGGUGACCUACAGCUCACUCUUUCAGACUACAAUAAAUUAUGCAUUAAACUACCAUUACAGAUGUACCUAUAAUCAUUACUUAUCUUAGGACAUUCAGAUAGCCCAUACUGAUGCAUAAAAGGCCCUAUGAUUAUAGUCAUUUAUGUAACAUUCCUUAUCCAGUUAUCUACAAUACAUGUGGAUAGGUUUUUUAGACCAUCAUGUAAAUAAACGGAUUUGUCAGGGAUCUUACAAUUAGUUGAGCAACAGGCAGAUCUGUGGGAAGCAGCUGCCAACAGCACGAUAAAGACACAUGUGAUAUAACCUACACCAGCUGAGGCUGCAUCAUCACUUGAUUUUGCAGGAUACAGUUUUGAAGAAGUGACAGAGGUAUUAGAUUACAUUACUUGGACAUUUGUAGUUUCCACUUUUCUCUUUAAUCAAUGGAAAAACUGUUUCAGCAUGGGAUACAAUUCUCACUGCAGAUGCUCUAGUUAUAGCCUUCAGAAUUUACUUGUUUCAACCGAGCAAUUGCUGUGUUGCUUCAUAUUGGCAAUACACAUUUUCUUUCAUACUGCUGUUCCUUAUUGUGUCUGGUAUGAAUAUUCUAAAGUUUGCAGGAGCACUACCAGCCUUGAUUUCUACAUCAAUAUUGGUUUGGAAAAUUUCUCUUUCACACUUCAGGAAGUAGUACCACAUACUGUUAAGACCAUUCUUUCAUGUUACACCUAUUGAACCCAACUUUAUUUUAUGAAGGCCAUUAAUGGUCUGGCAAAUUUAAAUACAAUCAGUACAGCAAAAAAUUUUGGCAUUUACAAAUUAAAAAGACUGCCCUGUACCCCAUAAUAGAUAAGAUUUUCAUAUUGUUGUGUAAGGAAUGAUAAAAGGAAUGUUUACUUUUACUGUAAUAAACACAUGUAGAAUCUAAUUCACUGUAGUCUGCUAUAGCAAGUAAGGCUGAUUAAAUUUUUUGCUUAACGCAGCUACGGAGUAUGUUCUACCAUGAAGUUUUAAAGAAAUUGUUGGUCUGUUUAAAGAAAAAAAAAAAACUGCCUAUGUCUGUACAAUUAUUGAAAACACUAGACUCAGUAUAUAAA